AUGGCCGACACAAGCGGUCCUCUGAAUUUUGGUCCCGAUUGUCAAAUAGCGGACAAAACUUCCCCAUUGUUUGCAUUCAUGCGAAACAUAUUGUUUGACAUAGCGUUACGUCCGGACGCGACUGCUCUUAACCCUCACGCCUACGACCAGUUGGCCGACAAAUGGGACCCAAACGGACCCGAAGUUCCCACUUAUUAUCACAGCAUACAUCGGGAAUUAUCAUGCCUUAAAUGGCUGACUGACCGCUCAGUGUCUCCCUUUGAUAUGAUGUUAAUGUUUUUGACGCCCGCAUCGGUGCUAAGGGGACGGCAGUUAAGAUCACGACUGACCGGCACUACAAUAGUGUAG